AUGAGUGCACCAAGUUACAGUCCUUUGGAUGAAAAUGAACCGAAUGAUUCUAAUGCAGGAGUUGAUGGAACUGGAGGCAAUCAUGAACACAACAUGGAAGAGACAAAAGAGAAAGAAGAAGAAGUACCCAGUAUCUCCUAUUUUACAUUAUUCAGAUACGCAAGCGCAAUGGAUAAAUUGUUUAUAGUUAUGGCUACUUUGUGCUCUACAGCACAAGGAUGUCUUGACCCAUUGGACACAAUCGUGUUUGCAAAUCUCCUACAAAGUAUGGUUGAUUAUGGUAAACAAUCAAAUGAUGAAGUUUUUCUAAAAGCAGUAUUAACUUUUACACUAUUCAGCUGUAGUAUUGGAAUUGGUCAAAUUUUACUUCAGUAUCUAUCAACCGUUACGAUGAAUUGUUCGGCUGCAAAUCAGGUCUUCAAAAUUAGACGAGAAUACGUGAAAGCUGCUUUAAGCCAAGACUUUGAAUAUUAUGACACACAUAAAACAGGAGAUGUGGCAUCUAAAAUAAAUGCUGACAUGAAAAAAGUCGAAGACGGUAUGGGUGAAAAGAUAGCAAUGAUAAUUGUCAGCCUAUCCUCGGUUGUUAGUAUCAUAAUUAUGACCUUCAUUAAAGGGUGGAAAUUGACUUUAGUAUGUCUAGCUGCAAUUCCGGCGCAGUUUAUACUUUAUAUCGGUAGUGAAAUGAUAACAUCAGGACUAUCUAAAAAAGAAAGUGCAGCAUCUGGAGUGGCUGGAGCGAUCGCAGAUGAAGUUCUGAACUCUAUACGAACCGUGUACGCAUUUAAUGGUCAACAGAAAGAAUUGAAAAGAUAUCAAAUGCAAAUAAAAAAGAUGAGAGUUAUAAAUAUAAAGAAAUCUGCUAUACAAGGUUUUUGUUAUGGAACCAUAAGCUUUGUAAUUUUUGCUACAUAUGCUCUCUCGUAUUGGGUCGGAUACAAACUAAUGACUGAUGAACCCGACAACUAUGACAUAGCUACCACUAUUGCGGUUUUCUACGGAAUAAUGACAGCAUCGACUAGCCUUACGGGCGUAAUGUGGAUAGGAAACGUGAUUGGAGAAGCUACAGGUGCUGGAGCAAAGAUUUUCCACCUGAUUGAUUAUAAAUCUAAAAUUAAUCCACUUCAAGAAACGAAUUUGCGUACUCCAAAUUAUAUUGAAGGAAGUAUUGAACUCACCGAUGUUGUCUUUCAUUAUCCAUCCAGGCCGGACGUAACUGUACUAAAAGGUGUAAGUUUAACCGUGAAAAGAGGUCAAUCCGUAGCUAUUGUAGGUCACUCAGGUUGCGGAAAAUCUACUAUAAUCCAACUCAUCUCCAGAUAUUACGAUGUCGUCGAUGGUGAAGUGUCCAUUGAUAAUUAUAAUGUUCGAGAUCUUCAAAUCGCUUGGCUUCGUGGGCAAAUUGGAUUAGUGAGACAGGAACCAGUGUUAUUCAAUACAACCAUCAGAGAAAACAUUCGCUACGGCCGGGAGGGAUCUAGUGAUAUCGAUAUACAAUCCGCUGCCAGACAAGCCAACGCCCACAACUUUAUCAUGAAGUUACCUAAGGGUUAUGAUACAUUGGUAGGCGAGAGUGGCGCCUCACUUUCUGGUGGUCAGAAACAACGCAUUGCAAUUGCUAGAGCUUUAGUACGGAAUCCAACAAUACUUCUUCUUGACGAAGCCACGAGUGCUUUGGAUAGUUAUUCUGAAGCUAAAGUUCAAAAAGCGCUAGAUAAGGCAAGAGAGGGAAGAACAACAAUAGUAGUGGCACACAGACUAUCUACAAUUAGAAAUGUAGAUGUUAUAUACGUCAUGAAAAAUGGAGAAAUUGUAGAAGUGGGAAAGCACGACGAUUUAAUGGAAAACAAAGGCCAUUAUUACGAUAUGGUUACACAUGCUGCGCCUGUUGGAAAUGAAGUCAAAGUAUCGAGCCCAAAUACUUCAAAUAAAGACUUAUAUGAAGAUUCUGAUGAUGACGAAACGUCGGAAUUUAUAACAAAACGAAACUUGAUCCGAAUGGAUACUGUGAACGAAGAAGACAAAAAUCCGAAAGUAUCAUUUUGGAGAGUAAUACAAUUAAACGCUCCCGAAUGGAAGUCUAUAACUAUAGCCAGCUUAAUUUCCGUCGUUCAUGGUUUUACUUGGCCCAUUCUAGGAAUCAUACUAGGAAACUUUAUUGGUGUUCUUUCAAACCCAAAUAAAGAUGAAGUGCUAAGCUCAGUAACACUGUACUGUAUAAUAUUUCUAGGAACAGGUGGAGUUGCAUGGCUACUGGAAUUUCUAACCACAUUUUUUUACACAAUUGCCGGUGAAUAUCUGACGGAACGAUUAAGGAAAAGAUUAUUUGAAAAUUAUCUUCAACAAGAACUGGCAUAUUUUGAUGACAAGAAAAAUUCUGUUGGAGCUAUCAGUGCAAGACUAUCCGGCGAUGCUGCAGCUGUAGAAGGGGCAACGGGACGUCGGAUUGGGACCAUAGUAGACGCGUUUGGAUCACUUAUCUUUGCUCUAGCUAUGUCUCUGUACUACGAAUGGAGAAUCGGACUAAUUUCUUUAAUUUUUAUCCCACUCACUGCUGUACUUGUACACCGCGAAGGGCAAAUGGUCAUGCAAGAUUCCUUUAUGACGGUUGAAGCUAUGGAACGUAGCACGAAGAUUGCAGUAGAAACAGUGUCGCAUGUCCGUACAGUAGCCUCUUUAGGUAGGGAAGAACAAUUUAUUAUGGAAUAUUGUGCAGAAUUAAUGCCUGCUCUCAUUGCUGCUAAGCGGUCCGCGCACUGGAGAGGAAUAAUUUAUGGCUUCUCAAGAGGCCUUAACUGUUUUAUCUACGCCCUUACCAUGUAUUAUGGAGGAAAUUUGAUUGUCUAUCACAAAGUCGAUUAUUAUCUUGUUCUCACUUCAUCACAAGCUAUUAUGUUGGGUGCUAGCUGUUUUGGCGCAGCUUUUGCUUGGGCUCCUAACUUCCGAGAAGGUUUGAAUGCUGCUGGACGUAUUAUAACUUCGUUAGCAAAGCAAUCUACUAUUGUCGACCCAGAUACACCUGCUGUUGAUAAUUUUAAUGGAACAGGUGAAGUUAGCGUCCAGAAUGUUGAUUUUAACUAUCCUACAAGACCGUUAAUCAAAGUGUUAAAUAAUCUAAACAUGAAGGUAGAAACAGGCAAAACUGUGGCACUUGUUGGUGAAAGUGGAUGUGGGAAAAGCACAGUCGUGCAACUAAUUCAAAGAUUUUAUGAUCCUGACGAAGGAGUAGUGACUCAAAAUAACAUCCCGAUAACCAAGCUACGUUUAGCAGAUGUCAGAAAAAUAAUAGGAUUUGUACAGCAAGAACCAGUGUUAUUUGAUAGAACUAUAAGUGAAAAUAUCACUUACAGGGACAACUCUAGGGAACCCAGUAUGGAUGAAAUCGUUGAAGCAGCUAAAGUGGCGAAUAUACAUCAGUUUAUUGCUGCUUUACCAAACGGUUAUGAUACUAACAUUGGAUCGAAAGGCACUCAACUGUCAGGUGGGCAGAAACAGAGAGUAGCCAUUGCGAGAGCGCUGAUACGAUCACCAAAGCUACUGUUAUUGGAUGAGGCCACAAGUGCUUUAGAUAAUGAAAGUGAAAAGGUAGUACAAGAAGCUUUAGAUCGUGCAAAAGAAGGCCGCGCUUGCGUAGUAAUCGCGCACCGCUUGAGCACCAUUCAGGAUGCAGAUAAUAUCUGUGUCAUGCGCGGUGGAUGUGUUACAGAAAGCGGCACUCACGCGCAACUCAUGGAGUUGAGAGGGUUGUAUUAUGAACUUAAUUUAAAAGGGCAAAUGUAGAUUUACUCGUCUAUACAGGGUUACUUGUAAAAUACUAACAACCGCGCAAAACUGUGUUACUAACAUCAUAAGCAACAACUUUAAACAAAUAAGUUUAUCAAAAAUAUUUUUUUGUUGUACUAUGUACUGACACUGUUUAGAUCUGUAUUUGGUAGAGAGAGCUAUGUCAUACGAAGCGUUGCGACACGCCGCCGACUGAAUGGUGAGGCUGCGUUGUACUACUUACAAAUUAGAUGUAGAAGGGUGCGUUGUAAAGGCGCGCGGUGACGGAACGGACA